AAUCGUCUAUGGUCGUGUAUUCGAACUACGAGCUAAUGAAGUUAGCUUCAGUUUAUUCCGUAAAAUACAACAUUACAUUACAACAUAAUCGCAUUUCAGUUUGUGUUUAGUGUUUACGAGGAUUCUUUAUUGUACUAAGUUUCAGUGUACAGUUUUAUUCACAGCCAUUUCGUAAUUGAAGCCACAAAGCUGUAAAACACGAAGGAACUUCCGAUACUAUAAUAAUUCAUGUUAGUGCAGUGCGCGUUUUACACUGGUGCUAUAAUGAAGAGUAGUGUAUUUAUCGCUUUGUAGCGAUGUGUGAAUUGAAAUAAUAGUGUUUUUUUGUAAAAUUCAUGGUGUUUCCGAUAUUAUCAGUGUCGUUUGUAAAUUAUAGUUCGAAUCAUAGGGUCCACAACAGAGCAGACGGAUUCUACCAUGGUCGUAAAACGUGCUGCGGACAGUGCGGAGUCACCAAUACUGGAGGAGGCCGGCGAGAGCGGCUCGGAACAGAAGCCGAAGCCCCUCGUCAAAUAUGGCGAACUAGUCAUACUCGGAUACAAUGGUUUCCUCCCGGCGGGCGAGCGCGGGCGGCGCCGCAGCAAGUUCGUGCUGUACCGGCGACCGGCUGCCAACGGCGUGCGCCGCUCCAAGCACUACGUGGUGAAGACGCCGCACAGCAGCAAGGCCAUCCUCGACGCCAGCCAACACUCCAUCUCCUACACGCUCAGCCGCAGCCAGGCGGUCAUCGUGGAGUACACCGAGGAUCCUGACACAGAUAUGUUCCAGAUCGGUAGAUCGUCAGAAUCUCCAAUCGACUUCGUAGUGAUGGACACAGUGGCGGGUGACAAGACGGGAGAGACCAAAGUGCUGCAGAGUACGAUAUCGCGGUUCGCUUGCAGAAUCCUCUCGGACAGAAACGACGUGAACAACUGUCGGAUCUACGCCGCCGGCUUUGACUCCUCCAGGAACAUAUUCCUUGGUGAGAAAGCGACAAAAUGGACAGAGAACCACGAAAUAGACGGGCUAACGACGAACGGUGUACUCAUCAUGCACCCACGCGGCGACUUCUGCGGCGGAAGCGCCACCUGUGGGCCGUGGCGCGAGACUUCGGUCGGUGGCGCCGUAUUCUCCUUGCGCGAGAGCCGCUCGGCGCAACAGAAGGGUUUGCCGUGUCAAGCAGAGACCAAUGUCUUAAGGGACGGUACUAUGGUAGACUUAUGUGGAGCCACACUUCUAUGGAGAAGCGCUGAAGGACUUAAAAAUUCACCGACGAAGCGAGACCUGGAGGCGCUGGUGGAUGAACUGAACGCGGGGCGGCCGCAGUGCCCCGUAGGGCUCAACACGCUGGUCAUCCCGCGCAAGCUGUCCUCCGCGCACCAGGACCUCAACCAGCCCUACGUCUACCUCAACUGCGGACACGUACAAGGUGAACACUCGUGGGGCGCGGAGGGCAGUGAAGCAGGGUCCCGGCGGUGUCCCAUGUGCCUUACCGCGGGUCCCGUGGUGCGCGUGUGCAUGGGCAUCGAGCCCGCCUUCUACGUGGACUCGGGCCCGCCCACCUACGCCUUCAACCCGUGCGGGCACAUGGCGUCGGAGCGGACUGUCAAAUAUUGGGCUACUGUAGACAUACCGCACGGCACAAACGGCUUCCACGCGAUCUGUCCGUUCUGCGCGUCGCCGCUGCAGGGCACGCCGGGCUACGUGCGACUCAUCUUCCAGGACAACCUCGACUGAAUCUCUCGCUCGCACGCACUGGUCCACUUGCGAUAGGUGUAAAAGAGACAACAACAAAGUGAUACAAGAAAUACGCGACCGUCGACAUGUAGGCAGUAAGCGCUUAGUGGUAAUGCGCCUUAUUUUACACCAUCAAUGCAUUGUGAACAUGAUUUAUUUUCCCUCACACUGUUGUAACCAUAGACUUAAUAAUAUGGCUAGAAAUGGCAAGAAUUUUAAUGGCAGUUAAGUCGUCGGUGUGUAGACAAAACGGGGACUAUACAGUUUUUUGUAAUAUUUUUUGAUAAAAUUUCGAUUAGAUAAAACUGUAUAGUUUAAACUGCGCAGUUAAAGUUAUAGUCCACAUAACGAAACGGAAGAUUCAGUUUCCACACAUACAUGGUUGUUCAUCUUAUAGGAUAUAUCUAGCAUAUAUUAUAUUAUUAUAUAUGCUAGGAAUAGAUUGCCUAUAUGUGUGUAUAGUUACUUAUUACAUACAAAAUUCAAGAAAUUGCUUGUAAUAUCUGGUAUGUAAUCUUGUCUGUAUUUAUACGCGUCUUACGUUGUAUAAAUUGACUGGGUCAAGUGUCUGUGGCAUUGGUCCAUAUAGUUUGGAGUGCACACGCCACUUCUAUGGUUCUAUUAAUUCUAUGGUUGUAACAAAUUAAAUUUCUAACUACCCUCACCCAGUAAAAAGUUAUGAAAUCUCACCUACAUUGACUAUUUUUAGACAUUAGCAAGCAUAUAAUGAUUUUAUUGACAAUAUCAAGGUGAGUCCAUAAUGUUAUAGCAACUUUUCAUUGUUAUCUAUUUAGGAAUUAUACCAUAAUUUUGCUGUGUAUUACAAAAUAUUACAAAUAUUAUAUACAUUUACAUAUAGCAAUAAUUACACACUGUUUAUAGUAUUGUAAACGGUAAGGAUCAACAUCAAGCAAUAAUAAUAUAACAAAUUCGUAUUAAGUAUAAUAUUACAUGGUAGAUGUUACAUAUAACAUGUUAUAAAGUAUGGAUUCAUCUGAAGCAAAUUUAUUAUUAUGACAUAAUUACUAAUUAGGCAUAGCUUCCAAAAAGUGCAAUAAUUUUAAAAUUGGUCCAGUAAGUGCAUAGUUUACAAUGAAUAGACAAAUCAGACCUAAUAAUUGUGAUAUGUAUUAACGAAUAUAAGUCGCGUCAUGUCAAAAGAGCACUGUUGGUAAUACGUCUUAACGCAAUUUGCUAAUCAAAUGUGUCUUAUCUUCUCAAUUAUAUAGGUAUUAUUUAUUAUUUAUAAUAUAUAGAAAAAAUCUGACAUAAUCUCAAAGUACUGAGAUUUACCAAUAAAAUACCAAUUGUUUUUGUCUAAGUAUUAAUUGCCGUGAUAGCCCAGUGGAUAUGACUUCUGCCUCCGAUCCUGGAAGGUGUGGGUUCUAAUCCGGUUAAUGGCGGAUAAGAAAUUAAAUAUCACGUGUCUCAAACGGUGAAAAACAUCGUGUAGAAACCUCUGGAAUUAAGGAAAUUCUCUGGUAUGCACCAGAGAAUUUCCUUAAUUCUCUGCGUUUCUGAAAUCUGCCAAUCCGCUUUGGGCCAGCGUGGUGGACUAAUAGCUUAACCACUGUCAUUCUGAGAGGAGACUCAAGCUUAGCAGUGAGCCGAAUAUGUGUUGAUAAUGAAGUACUAAUAAAGAGAUUGACAUUCAGUGUUCUAUUCACAUGACAUAACAUAUACGCUUAUAUCAAAUAGUUGUGUCAGAACUACGGGGAAAAAUAUUACUUGACUAAUAUACCAUUAAUGUUUUAUAAUCUGACAUUAUAUUAUUAUUAAUCUCUCGACAAGGUAUGGUAAGAAAAUAAAACAUGGAUAAGACAUUGAAUGCAUCAAAUUAUAACUUGGCAAGUUCAUUGAUGACAUGAUGAUAUGCGGGCGACGGGGGGAAGGACUGCGCGGGUAUGAAUUCGAGCGCGCGGGGUAUCGCUAUCCCGUCCCGCGCGGACCAUCGUGAGUGUUACGAACGAAGUUGCCAAGCUAUAUAAAUGUUAUUCUUUUAAGUAUCUGAUAGCUUAUUUGUCAUUUGUUAAAAGUUUUUUAUCUUUGUCAUUUGACAUAAAGUAAGAAGGUGACAAAACUAAUGAGAUUUAUCCGACACUUAUGACAUAAUUAUUCGUCUUUCAAGUUGGUACUAAGUUUGUAGUUUGAUAUGGUUUUGUAUAUAUUUUAAUUAUAAAAUAAUUAAUAAAUUUUUUUAGUAAUUGCAUAAUUUUUAUUUAAAAAUGCAUUUUUGGUCGUUUUUUUUUUAUUGUGCAUAUGUUGGAAUGUAUUAUUUAUUAUAAACCAUUAUCAAAUCUAUAAUUACUGCAGCGUACUGGUGUAUUGAAAAAUCAUUGCUUUAAUACACGACAUGUGAGAAUGAAUAUUUUUUUUUUGUAUUUGAUGCACUCAUUUAUAAUGACAAACAUAGUUAUAUCUAAAUUAUUUUUACCUGGCAUGUCAACAGAUACAAACGAUACACGUGUGUGUGUUGUCUAUGAAUGUGCACAAGAUGCUUUUUGAAAGGGGGUAUGACCCACCACGCUUGAAGCUUCAAUAAUAGCUUCAAAUAGCUCAGUAAAUGAGAACUACGAUUGUGAAACCGUACUACCGUUAGUAUGGCGUUAAUAAAAAAAGUGCGUGAGAGAAAGGGAAGCCAGACAAAAAGCGCCGUAACGCGUUACGUUACGUAGCGGUUUACCCUGCCAAACGAAGUUAUCACGUGAAAAAUGCGGAGUGUUGGGCUGUUGUUUGGGUUGUUGAUGUUGCCAGGUAGAAAUAAUAAAACAUUAUUUUUUAAAGAUAAUUUUGGCAAUUGUCUCUCGGUUGAUAUAACAGAAAAAUUUUGAUGGAUUAAUAAAUUAAUUACUAGUUGAUGGAAUGAAAUUAGUGAUGUUAAAUGUGUAGGAUUGUAUAAGAGUAAUAAAAUAGUACAACCAUUUUAUACUACAAUACAUGUAUUCUAUAUUUUUUGGCCUGGCAACUCAAUUAAUUAAAUGUUGUCCUUGUCUAUGAAUAGACGCAAGAAGUCAUUUUCGACCAAUUUCCAAUGCGACUUAGUCUUAGUGCGAUGCCAGGCACAAAUAAUUUACAUAUACGCGAUAACCAACAAUGGUAUAGUAUGCGCCAAACUUCGUGUCCGUUCUGAACAUGGCGUAUAGCUGCGCACAGUGGUGUGCACUUCAUAGAUUUAAAAAUGCACUGCCAACCCUAGGGGUUCAUUGUGAACCUAUAUUGGAAAAGGAAUUUUCCAUUUUGUACAAUAUGUACGUAUAGUGCCUACCCUAGUUUAAAACCGUGUUCACGCCACUGUGCGCAAUGUACGGAGACAGACUAAAUUCCGGCCGUUCAGAGAUUGCGUUUUUGACACCUGUGCGAAUGGGACAAACUAUAAUUGAAAUUGCGUCGUUUUUCUGUCUUUUUCUCAUGUCGGAAACGCAAUUUCUGAGCGGCCAGAAAUUGGCGGGGUUAUAAUAGCAAUUAAAUAAAGGUGGGUUGCAACUUCAGGAAGAGACUAGAAGUUUGGUGCAUACAUCAAGAUUUAUGGAAUUUAUAAAAGUGGUAGUACUUUUGAAAUGAAAUGUAAAUAUUUGUUGAUUAAUUUAUGUUGAGGUUUUCGUAGUGUGUGAUUUGCUGUAUAUAUUUAUAGGAGGGUGUUCAGUUAAUUAGGGAAGACGUAAAUUAUGGGCAAUUUAUAUGAAUGUACUAUUCAUACAGUGAAGUGUAUGAACAUAGUUGGUUAGUUGGCGUAUUUGGUAAUGGUUUGAUUUAUAAUGGAGAUGUUCAGAACUAUUGUAGAAGGACCAGUACUGCACCUAAAUUCACGAACAAAAUUGUCUGCCAUUUUCUAAAGAAAACUUGCUUAGAUUUGGUAUAUAUCUUUAUACUAAACUAAAAGUUUUUGCUCGUUUUUUUACACUAUUAAACUACACAAAAAGGUAUUUUUGCGGAGCUCUAACCGACGUACACUUACAACUAUGAAACAUCGAUUCUAUUAUUUUUAUUGGUUUUUCUGCGAUCAGUUAAAUAACUAUAAGCAGAUGUAUUCUGUGAUAACUUCGCUAAUGUAAGCGAAGUUAUCACAUCGAUUCUAUGGAGACAGUUUUUAUAAUCGCAUAUGAUCAUUGAUCAUAGAGUUUGACAAAAAAGUAACGUCUAGCGAGGCAGGUCCUAUACAAUCGGUCUGUGUGAAGACAUCUUAUAGUCGGUCCUUGUCUUUGUCCUAUAAGUUUCUGUGGCGUGCACUUCAUGGGUACAAAAUGCACUGCUUGCCCUGAGGAUUCAGUACAAACUUGUAUUUGAGAAUUAAUUUUCACUUUUUUCCGUAUAUACUCAGGGACACAAUUAUCCGCCCACUUUAGUAUACUCGCGUAUAUUAAAGCGGUCGGAUAAUUGUGCCUCUGAGUACAUUUCUGUGUAGUGCCUAACCUUAUAGUGAAGCCAAGCUAGAUUUGCAAUGUAUGUCAACAAACAAAUUAGAAAUUAAGGUAGAAAACAUUUAUUUUCACACCUAAUUUAUUUGCCUUUUGUUAUUCAAAAGGUAUUAACUGUAUCUAAUUAUUCUAAGAUUAUUAAUCAAAUUUAUUUUCAUUAAUUUAGGAAAAAGUUAAUUAAAAUUAUUGAAAUGAUUAGCGAUUUAUACACUCAUUUUUGAUUUGUUUGUUGAUAAACCUUGCACAUCAAAUAUGGUUUUAGUAUAAUUAAAAUCUUUGUUCACUCCACUGAUGACUAUAUUAUCUUGUUAUCUCUAUUACGACAGAUAAAUCUGAAAUGUUUAUCUUAAUACCUAUCUUAACCUAGGGAUAUAGUAUGCGCCACACUUCGAGUCCGCUCUGACAUUAUAAAAUGCUGAACUUUGCAGCUAAUAUUAAACGGCUGAAAUAGGUUUUUUCUGUAUUCAAAACGGACGAGUUUGACGCGUACUAUACAAUUUAUCCGAUCGGUUUUAGUAUACUUUCCGUAUGCAAUGGUUUAGGAAAUAUAGACACUAUUAAAAACAGUAAAAAUCCCUAAUACACAUUUUAAAGUCAUACAUUAAAACCAGGGACUAGUUUCAAGUUACCUUUAAGUAGGUAUAAUAAUUGGAACAUUGACAAAGCAUUAGCUCCAAUAUGGUCUAAUGUCACUAUUUUUUUGGUUUCUAUAUACUAAGGUAUAGUCUAUUCUAUUCUGGGAAGUCUGUCUGUCUUUCGAUGUAGAAAAGAUGACAGUGCAAGCUUAUUUGUGUCUAUAAAACAAAGCUUUAUGAAUGCAAACACACACAAACGCACAGUAAGUUUUACACACGAAACGGACUUCUUUGAGUAGAUUGACUGUAGUCUAUAACAGAAGCAAUGCUUUAUAAUUAUAAUGCAGUACAUCUCAAGAUCAAUUAUAAUAAGUCAUUAUAAAUAUUUACAUAACUAGAGGACGCCCGCGAGAAAUUUAGUUUUUCAAAAAUCCAUCAGUAACAAUGGAUUUUUCCGGGAUAAAAAGUAGCCUAUAUGUCCAAAUUUCAGCUAAAUUAAAUAUUUGCAUUGAUCUCCUAUUAAAAAGUGGAUGCACUAUCAGUAACCAAAAAACGUCCCCACUCAAUAAGUGCCAAGCACAACUUCUUGGCACUCUUUUCAAGUAGUCGCAUUUGCAAAUUCAACCUUAAACUCGAUCCUUAGUGUUGAAUUUUCUCUGAACUCGUGAUUUUAUUGAAUAUUGGACUAUGUUUAAAGGCCUUUAGGUAUAAUUUUCUUUACCAAUAAUUCUAAAACUGUCAAAGCAAAAUUGGCCAGUUUUUAAGUGAAAUUUUCUAUAUGAUUGUGCGUCUUUUUAUUAUAAGAGGUCAAUGGGUAUUUGUGAAAGAGUAACAAACAUCCAUACAUCCAUAGUGGGAUGGGAAUUAGUGGGAUAUGUGAAAUUAAUUCGUUUCUUCUCAACUGAUAUUUUUUUUUUAAAUUUAAAAGUAGACCCGAGUUGUCUGUGACACGGAGGUUGUUCCUUUAGCUUCGAUCUCACUGUAGUUUCAUCAAAUCAAGCAUAGACUUUGCACACUAGUGCGGAGAUAUUCUCUUGCGGUUCGGAUGAUGUGUAAAAAGAAUUAUGUAAGUUUUAUAGACUGUAGUGAAAUUAGCUUAUGAGAAAACUGAGAAAAAUUUAGUUUUUGUACAAUUUGAAUCCACUAGUUAGUGAUCACACAGCAUUAUUGUCUUUGAAUCGAGAUAUAGCAACAUUUGUUAUUCGUAUUGUAAUGGCGUACGCGCAUUUCGGUGGGCUGCAUGCAUCUCUGUUUUACUCGUGCACUGACCCAUUAGCGAGAGCGAGACAGCGAAAUGUUUAUUCCGCGAAAAUACGCGCACGCACCAAUAGUUCAUAUUGAUCAUAGUACGCAGUAAAUAAACAUUGUUUCAAAAUCGAAGUGUUUGAAUGGAUUAAAAAAAAAGAAAGAAUUAAAAAAUUAUAAACUUAUAAAGAUGAAAUUAAUUAUAAAAGUUUGACUCAGCCGUUAGCAUUUUUAUAUAAUAUAUAUUUGGAUUAAAUUAAAAUAAGGUUGCUUGUAAAUAUAAUUAUUAUUGUUUUGUUUAUUGAAUAUGUCAGAUCAUCGUCUAGCGAGUGAUUGGAGCUGUUGACCGAGAAUGCUUUCAUUUUGUAGCCAUUCAUUAUGGGUCUUUAAAUUCGUGAGCGAUAUACAUUAAAUUUCACUGACUAUUGUGCCUUUGCACUAUAUGACUAUAGGCAUCCAUAUAUUUAGACAUAGCUAUGAAUGCCUAUGACCAGAAAUAGGCGAAAUAGCAAAGCAAUCGCUACUCUCAUACUCCCAUGGGCGUCGUCAGGAUUCUAUCUUGGGGUUAAAAUUUCACAUUACAAAGUGAUACUACCUGACCGAAACUAGUUUUACGGCUGAAACUAAAACCAAAUUUCAGUUUCAGUUUUUUCCGAAACCGUUACCAAAAAUUUGGUAUCGAAGAAACAAAGUUAGUUAAAUCUUUGUAUAUCUUGAAAUUUGGUAUGAAGGCCCAUAGACCGACCGUUCAUCUAUCGAGGUACGUGAGGGGGGAGACUUACCUCGCUACGCCCAUGCAUACUCGUACAUAGCAUAGGCUGACAAUUCCAGCCUUAAUAAAAUUAGGUAUCUUGCUAUCACUGCUUUAGUUCUAAAUUACUUUGUUACAAUCAAAAUAAUAGUCACUAGUCAGUGAUAUAUGGUGUCUUGUGCGCUCGACAAACAAGGCUUAAAGAAUUUUGCGUCGGUACAUAUUUAAAUAACUUACGAAUUUGACGAACUGUAGACCAAAUUCCACUCUGUACUGAUAAAAUAGGCUUUCUUUUAUAGUGUUUUCUUUUAUAAAAACUUAAAACAAGGAAGAGUAACAAAAGAUGUAAGCUUCUUCGAUCAGAUAGAUAUACGAGGCGUUUAAACAAUCGAAGAGCAGUCGUAGCUUAAUGUCUGUAUUUAUGCUUCAUUACUGUGUUGUAAAUUGUGUUGCAAGUACGUGUUUCGAUAUAAUUAGCAUUAUUUAAUUUAGAAUGUGGUUUUUAAAGUAUGUUGUCCAAGACUAUAUUGCAUCUAUCAAAAGGGAAACGAGACUACAAAUCUUUUUCAGUUUCUCCAAACAGCUUCCAAUUCAAAACAAUUUAAUUGGCAAAGCUCGUUAAAAAAAAAAUUACGCCCCUUUGUAAAGGUGUAUAGUCGGAGGAAUAAUUUCAGUCAGUAAAAUGACAGGUCCAACUGUCACUUAAAAGUAAAAUGACAUUUCAUUGACAGUUGCACUUGUCAUUUUACUGACUGGAAUUAAUAAUCGUAGUAGAGUAGGAGUUUUUUUCGGUUUAUUGUCUGAUAUUUGGAUAAAUAAUUACAAGAUAAAUGUAAUAAAAUCAAUAUUAAAUGAUCGCAAAAACGCUGACAAACCACCAAUUUGCUGAUCUUUUACCUAAUUUUUUGUUAUACUUCGAUUAUGAUUUGAUGCAGUGUAGCCAUGGAAAACGUCCUAGGAGUGUAGCGGCGUUUAGUCGAUGAUCAUAAUCUCACUGCAAACUAUGUUCGCGACACAAUAAAAUCGAACUUAGUUUGGUGAGCGUACGAAUCAAAUGUUCUAACGUUAGUCUAAAUAAGAACUGAAUGCUAGCCUUAAUUUUUAUUUAUAAUAAGUGCUAGGUUAAUAAAAAUGCUCUUUUGAGUUAGAAAAUUGA